CAUUGAUAGGUGGCACUGACUGCCACUGAUGGGUGACACUGAAAGGCAGCUCAGAUGGGCAAUGAUAUGUGGCAUUGAUGUGCACUGGUAGGCACUGAUAUGUGGCAUUGAUGUGGCACUGAUGGGCACUGGCAGGUGGCAUGGAUGAGCACUGAGAGCUGGCACUGAUGGACACUGACAGGUGGCACUGCUGGGGUUACACAGAUCAUCAGGGCACACUGAUCAUCAGUGCUCUGAUGAUCUGUGUACAUGUCUCCUCCGAGGAAUGCCGAUUACCGGCUCUCCUCUCCUCUGUCAGCCUGUGAUUGGACACAGCUGAUCACAUGACCGAGCUG